AUGGCUACCAGCGAAACGAAGUACGAUCUCGACGCGAACGGCAAGCAGAAGAUCGAUGGCGCCCUUUACCUCGACCAGUACACGCCUGAGGAUGGGCGACCGCAUUGGCCGGACCAGGUCGUCCCCAUUGAGUUCAAGCGCGGCAGGAACUCUCUCGAUCCUUUCGACGACAAGAAGGACGGCGGCACGACCCAGGCGGAGACGCGGAAGGUCGUACGUGGCCAAGUCGCAAACUACGUCGAAACCCUCCUCGACUAUCAGUACCGCACGUUCACCUUCUUCCUCUUCUUCUUCGGCCGCACCGUCCGCCUCACCCGCUGGUCUCGCGCCGGAGUCAUCGUCUCUCACGCCUUCGACUACGUCGACAAAUGGGACACGCUCUGCGAGGCCCUUCGCCGUAUCUCCCACCUCACUCGCGUGGACUCUGGACAGGGCGUCGGUUACGACCCGACUUCCACUCGUCUUCGCUCGAAGGAUCCGGAGUGGAAGGUUAUGACCAACGCCGCCAAGGCACGCUCCACGGAUGUCGACCUGACUGAGCGGGACCUGGCCGACGGCGAGCUCGUCGGCGCCUUCACGUUCAAGUACGUGCGCGACAUGUUCGCCGAGUCUCUGCAGCAGGAUGCCGCAAGGUACAAGCUCGCAAUACCGGACGGGAACGGAGGCUUCCGCUACUUCCUUGUCGCCAGACGCCAAUUCCGCGGACCUGGAGCGAUUGGCCGCGGUACGUGCGGCCUGGUCGGAUACGAGAAGAAGACACGUCGGUUCUACUGGAUCAAGGACACCUGGCGCGCGGACUACCCGGCCCUCAUGCGCGAGGGGGACGUCUUGGAGGAGCUCAGGCUAGCCGGGGUUCCGAACAUCCCCACGCUCGUCUGUCACGGCGACCUCCCCGGACAGGCCACAGUAGAGCACACGCUCUGGAAGAAGCGGCAGGAGGGCGGUCCGGAUGUCGAUCCCACCUGUCCAUUCCGCCGACACCAACAUUAUCGCCUCUGCGUCGAAGAAGUCGGCCUUCCUCUCCAUCGCUUCACCAGCGUGUAUCAGUUCUUGAAUAUAGUCUUGAAUGCUGUACAAGCACAUAGUGUGGCCUUCCGGAAGUGCGACAUCCUACACCGAGAUGUUAGUGGAGGCAACAUACUCAUUUUCCCCCGCGUCGUCGUCGACAAACCGGAUGGUGGUUCUGAGACUCGCCGUCUUCUUUGGAAAGGGGCUUUGAUCGACUGGGAGCUCGCCAAGAAGAUAACCGAGAAGUUCUGGAGACAGCCAGGGAGGACGGGGACUAUGCAAUUCAUGUCCAUCGCGAUUUUGAUGGACGGCAACAAGGUCGCCACCGUCUCAGACGACAUGGAGUCCUUCUUCUACAUCAUCCUCUACUACUCCGUUCGCUACGUCGACUCGAACAUAACCGAGGACGCACAGGUCUUCUCCUGGCUCGAGAGGUUCUUCGACUGCUACACCCUCGAUGGGGACAUCUACACCUGCGGCGAAGUCAAG